AUGGAGGGGUUGCAGGGGCAUAACAUCCAGAUCCUCGCCAUCGCUGUGGCCGUCAUCGCCGUCGGAGCCGGUGCGGCUUACCUCUACUCCAGCAAGAAGCGCAAGGGUUCGUGUAUGUGUGGCUUCGGCUGUAUUGUCUGUGUGUGGGAUCCUGUCCGUCUGAUUGGUUGCCUGAAUGAUUGGAACUGGUGGGACGAUCGAGGUUUUGCGGGACCGGUUGUCCCCCUUCUUUUUUGUCUAUUUUGUUACAGUUAUUUAGCCCUUUCUUUCGUAUCGUAAAUUCUGAGGAAUUUAACAGCUCCCAAUUCUCUCUCUCUCUCUCUCUCUCACACACACACACACACACUAGAAAUUUGCAGCUUUUUCUGUUCUUCAAACGGAUUGCUUGAACAUCAGCGGGUCUAAUUUUCAGCUUUUUCUGUUCAAUGUCUAUGAUGCUCACUAGAAAUUGAGCCUAUAAUCUAUCUAGUUCAAAUCGUUUUUCUGGUCGUACAUCUGUUCUACUAUUGAGCUUUACUCUCUGUAGUUAUUCCAGUUGCGGAUUUCUCUCAUCUCUGAAGUGAAACAUUUGAUUCUUUUGGAUCUUAAUUUUAGCUGUCUUUAUCUCGGUCUGUAUCUAUCAAAAUGACUCAUUUGGCAGUUAUUUAUGCUGAAUUCUGUUUGCACAGCUUGCCUGGACCCUGAAAACUUCAGGGAUUUUGAACUCGUGGAACGAAAACAACUGAGUCAUAAUGUGGCCAAAUUCAGAUUUGCCCUUCCUAUUCCCACUUCUUCUUUGGGCCUCCCAAUUGGGCAACACAUUAGUUGCAGGUUGAGUUUGCCUUAUUCUCAAGGUAAUUGUUAUUGAUUCUGGGUCUUUUUGUCAACAUCGAAUGCUUUGAUUGUGAUGCAGGGGGAAAGACAGUGUCGGGGAAGAAGUCAUUAAACCAUAUACGCCAACUACUCUGGAUUCAGAUCUUGGACAUUUUGAACUUGUUAUAAAGGUAUGCCUAGGGUGGCACCAAGAUUGUGAUCGAAACCUGCUGCUUUGCUGUGUAAAACUUCCAUAUCCUUGUUCUAAUGUUUGUUUUCUUUUGGUGCGUAGAUGUAUCCUCAAGGAAGGAUGUCUCAUCAUUUUCGUGAGUUGAAGGUCGGUGAUUACUUGUCUGUGAAGGGACCGAAGGUAAUUAGCAUUUAUUUUCAUUGGUAAUUAAUUUCCUAUCAGUACUUGCAUAUCUCCCACCGGGGACAAGAUUAUUUUUUAUUGUGCUUGAUAAAUUCUUCACGAAAACUUGAAAAUGACUCUUCAUAUGCUGCAAAAUGAAAGAGUAUUAGAGAUUUCUGUCUUGAACUUUGCCGUGGAAUUAUGCAUUUAUGUGGGCUUUUAAAAAAAAAAGUUACCAAUCAACGGGGAAAAAUCAGAGAGCAAGGAAUCAGGCUCCUUGGACAGCUUACUUGGCAAACGGACACUUAAAAAGAAAGACAUGCCUAUGUUCUUACCCGGGAUCAUUUAUGCGCACGGUCACCCAUAGUCUUCUAGUUCGUUUCUCAGUAAUCAUAGGAAUACCAGUAAAUAGUUUUUGAUUUGUGCAUUCAUGGGUUUUAUAGUUUUCACCGCUUCUUUUCGUUCAACUCUGUUCCGCUUUCUUUCUAUCACAAUGGGAACUUCUUUGUUUAAUAAUAAGCACAAUAAAAGGUUCUGAGAAACGUGAGCCAAUUUUUUUAUUUUUUAUUUUUAUGCGCUUGUUUCCUCGCUUUUUAUUUCUGCACUUAAUCUUCUUCUUGUUGGCUAUGAAAGUCUGUUCCCUUGGGAAAAGAUCUCUCAUUUCUUACUCAUGUCUAAUCGUUCUGCCACUAUGCAACCAUUCCCGAGUUUAGUGCUUUUCAUGGAGACGAGUCACAACCCCAAUAAACUAAGGUAGUUGUUGUUCUUUGGUAUAACAAGGAGAACCUGCUAGUCAUCCUUGCAUGAAUGACCAUAUAUAUAUAUAUAUGAUAUAAUUUGCAUACUUAUUCCUCUUCUCCAUCUCUUUGCUGCUGCUGCUGCUGCUCUUAGGGACGAUUCAGAUACCAGCCCGGCCAAGUCAGAGCAUUCGGAAUGAUCGCCGGAGGAUCUGGGAUCACCCCCAUGUUCCAAGUCAGCCCCCCCAACUUGCAUCAGUGUUUCCUGAUUUGGCCAUGUUGACCGCCGCUCAUUGUCCCAUGUUCCUCCUCGGGUGUGCCUCGAACAGGUCGCAAGGGCGAUACUAGAGAACCCCAAGGACGCCACCAAGGUCCAUCUGAUCUACGCUAAUGUCACAUACGAUGACAUCCUCCUCAAGGUUGGAUUUCCCCUGAACUUUAUUCCGUUCACAUAGAACAUAUGUAUAAUUUCCCCUUUUCCUGCUGCAGGAAGAGCUGGAGGGCCUCUCUGAGAUCUACCCCGACCGCUUCAAAGUCUACUACGUCUUGAACCAGGUCUCUCUCUUCCCUCCCCCCCUGAUGAUCCACUGAGUCUCUCUCUCUCUCUCUCGCUCUCUCGGUGUGCUGAAUCUCCUCCUGAUCAGCCCCCUGAGAACUGGAAUGGCGGGGUUGGGUUCGUGUCUAAGGAGAUGAUCCAAGCUCACUGCCCUCCUCCGGCCCAGGAUAUCAAGGUGAACCUUCCAAAAAUAGUAAAGAGAGCUUCUUCUUCUUCUUCUUCUCCCUCCGACUGAAACCCUCCGCUGUGGUGGUGCUGCAGAUCCUGAGAUGCGGCCCUCCGCCCAUGAACAAGGCCAUGGCGGCCCACCUGGACGAGCUCGGUUACUCGAAGGAGAUGCAGUUCCAGUUCUAG